AUGUCGUCCCUCGCCCCUGAAGCAUCCACCCCCGCCAACAGCAUCUCCAAUGCCAUCGACUUGAUCGGAGAAACUCCCCUUAUCCGCCUCAACAAGCUACCAAAAGCUCUGGGGAUAAAAUGUGAGGUUCUCGUCAAAGCCGAGUUCUUCAACUUGGGAGGGAGCACCAAGGACCGCGUGGCACUGCGCAUGAUCGAAGAGGCCGAGAAGGCUGGCAAGAUCAAGCCUGGUGAUACCUUGAUCGAGCCCACCAGUGGAAACACGGGUAUCGGGUUGGCUCUUAUCGCUGUUUUGAAGGGCUACAAGACCAUUAUCACCCUUCCAAGCAAGAUGUCACUAGAGAAGGUGACAAUCCUUCGCGCCUUGGGAGCCAAAAUCAUUCGAACACCUGAUGAUGCUGCUUGGGAUAGCCCCGAGUCACAUCAUCAACUCGCCGCGUGGCUCCAAUCAGUUCUUCCAAACGCCCAUAUCCUCGGGCAAUUUGGAAACCCUGACAAUCCCCAAGCGCACGAGGACACAACUGCCCAAGAGAUUUGGAGACAAACGAAGCAUAAAGUUACCGCUAUCGUCGCCGGUGCAGGAACAGGAGGCACCAUCACCGGACUCGCGAGGGGUUUGAAGAAACACAACAAGAACAUCAAAGCUAUCGGUGCCGACCCACAAGGAAGCAUAUUGGCAGCUCCUGAUUCUCUGAACAAGGAUCAUCUACACGAGCCCCACCAGGUUGAAGGCAUUGGCGGCGAAUUCGUCCCUGGUGUCCUGGACCGCGACAUUGUGGACAAAUGGUACAAGACGACUGAUCGGGAGUCUUUCUACCUUGCGAGACGCCUUAUUGCUGAAGAAGGACUCUUGGUGGGCGGAAGUUCCGGUGCGGCGAUGGCUGCCAUGUUCAAGGCCGUCAAGGACUUUGACUUUAAAGAGAGUGACAAGGUGGUUGUUGUCAUGCCCGACGGCAUCAGGAACUACUUGUCCAAGGAUCUGCCCUUUCCGCCAUCAAAUGGUGUUGAAAUCACCGCGACACCUUCGGAUGAUAUUGAUGACUUGAGGAGCCAGCUACUCUCGGCCCAACUUACACUUCCAAUCCGACCCCCUGGCUCAUGCUGGGAAAAGACCGAAGUGGUGGAUGAGCAUGCGAAUCACGACUUUCACAUCGUAUGA